CUCGAGCAGCUUUCAAGUUUUAACUCCGCCAUUUCCUUGAAAACGCCCGAGCAUGAAUCUUAGGCACCCGAGUAGAAUCAGUUCAUUUCUGAAGUGUUGUCUUCGGGUCAGGGUUUUCUCCUCGGCUCAGGCUCUUACAUCUCCGUCUCCUCCUCCUCCUCGUACACGUGGAGAUUCUCUCUACCAUAGGAUCUCGCCCCUCGGAGAUCCGACGGUGUCGCUCGUUCCGGUGCUGGAGGGAUGGAUCAAGGAAGGGAAAACCGUGAAGAGAUGGGAGCUUGAAGGGAUGAUAAAGCAGCUCAGGAAAUACAGGCGAUUCAAACACGCGCUUGAGGUAUCUCAGUGGAUGACGGAUCGGAGGUAUUUUGAGUUAUCACAAAGCACCGUUGCAAUUCGGCUGGACUUGAUCAGCAAAGUACACGGCCUAGAACAUGCAGAGAAGUACUUCAAUAACAUCCCAAUAAAGUUGAAAUCCACUGAAACAUAUGGCACUCUUCUCAACUGCUAUGUGCAAAGAAAGUUUGUCGAGAAGGCAGAGGCCCUCUUUCAGAAAAUGAAGGAUCUGGGUCUUGUCAAUUCCCUUUCAUACAAUACAUUGAUGAACCUUUACCUUCAGACAGAACGGUAUGAGAAAUUCGACAAUGUGGUGAAGGAAAUGGACAGAAACAGCAUCCGUCGUGAUGUUUUCACAUUCAGCAUCCAAAUGACCAGAUUGGUGGCAACGGCUGACAUCGAUGGGAUGGAAGCUGCCCUGAGGAAGAUGGAAGAUGAUCCGCUGAUUGCUCCGAAUUGGGAUGUGUAUUUGAUAGUGGCGGAUGGGUACAAGAAAGCAGGCCUGCCAGACAAGGCUCUGGAGAUGCUGAAGAGAUCAGAGGCGUUGGUCACUCGGGAUCAGCGGCGGAUUGCAUACGAUUUUCUCCUCACCAUGUACGCAGGCAUUGGGCGGAAGGACGAGAUGUACCGGCUCUGGAAUCUGCAGAAGUCGUCUUCGAAGAAGGUGAGCAAUGCAUCUUAUAUCUCUAUGAUAGUCUCCCUGGCAAAAUUGGAUGAUAUCGAGGGCGCCGAGAAGAUUAUAGCGGAAUGGGAGUCCGUGUGCUUCUGCUAUGAUUUCCGGGUGCCGAACCGACUCAUCGUUGCUUAUUGCAAGAAGGGUCUGUUUGUCAAGGCCGAAUCGUUUAUAAACAAGGCCAUCCAAGAAGGGAAGACGCCAUAUCCAAGCACGUGGGAGUGUUUGGCAACUGGGUAUCUAGAGGAUAAUCAGAUUCCAAGGGGUGUGGAGAUGAUGAAGAAGGCUAUGUCUGUGAAACGGCACGGGUGGAAGCCAAAUUCUGAUAAUGUGGCGUCUUGCCUUGAGUACUUCAAAGGGCAGGGAGAUGUGGAAGGAGCAGAGGAGUUUGUGAGAUUGCUAAGGCCUUGGGUUCCUCCGACGAGGGAUGUAUACCACAGGUUGCUUAGGACCUACGUUAUUGCGGGAAAGUCUGUCUCUGACGUGCUCGAUCGGAUGAAAGAGGAUGGUUUGGAUGCUGACGAAGAAUUGCAUGAAAUCUUGAAAACUGGACAAGAUUCGUAGUGAGUGUUUGGAUGCUCGAUUGAACUGAAUUGUAAUUUGCUCAGUUCGUGAUAGAGGGAAUGUCACACUUUUAAUCCAUAAUCAUUACCAAACCCUAAUUGCAAUUCUGUGCAUUUCAAGUUGGAUUUGAAAAGAGAGUAAUUACUGUUUGGAGACUAA